AUGUAUUCUCACACACCACCUCUUCUGCCGCCCAAGCCAUCAGGAAGUCACGAGGCGACACACAUAAACAUAGCGGAAACCUCGCCCUCGCCGCGGCCCCCCGAACGUCCGGAGACAGGGGGUCCCGGUGCCGAUGGCUUUCAACAAGGAGGCUUGACCCACAACGGGCAAACCAUCUCGGACCCCGGCGAGCAAUGGUUGCCUAAGUUUCUCCAAGACAAGUCCAAGCAAGACGAUCUCGCCGUGAUCCUCUCCAACUCAUCGCUUCUCUCCGCCUUGACACACUCACCGGAAACCAUCCACCCCUCUUUACAGGCGUCACACGACACAUUGCAGUCUGCGCUGGCUGAGAACGUCCAGCGGGCUGCUCAGCUGCUGAAUCUCGAGGCACGCCUUGCGAACCGACGAUCAUCGACUCAAGCUCAGCUUCUGUCGACCCACGCCCUUGAACGCCAAUGGCGGGCCAAACAAGCCGAGAUGGACCAUGCCCUCACCCCCUUUGCCCCGGUACGGCUGUACCAACGGCUCAGCCAGGGCUUGCAGGAGCAAGAGGCCGUGUGUUGUGCUCUCGAGGAAAGUUUUCUCGAUAGUGGUGGCGAUGGCACGCCUGCGUCGGAGCGAGAGACCAGCGACUGGGUCAGGAAAUAUAGGGAGGCCAAGAAGCUAUACUACCUGCGGCAGGAACGCAAGGAGAGAUGGGACGAGGGGAGGGUUGGUGGAUGGCGCUGA